CUAGUAUAGUAUUGAAUUCUAUGGUACUAUAGUGAUGGACGUCAACCGAGAUGAACGGUUGCUGCCACAGCGUCACCGCGUAUAACGGCGGAAUCAUGGCUCGCCAGGUUUAGGCAGAUUUAGAUAAGAUUAAUUGAGUAUUAUCAAAAUCGUGCGGACUCGCGAGUGUUUCGGCCGCGUAUCGUCGGUGCCAGAACGAAGGACGAGAGAUGUCCGGCUUUGACGAGAAUCCCUUCGGGGAGCCUACGAUUAACGAUCCCUUCUCGGAUCCGGCGAUACGAAGAGCAGUAACGUCUACGCCGGCCAGUAGAGGUCUCGAAGACUACAAUCCUUUCGCCGAGCAAGGCACUCAAGGGACUACACAGGUCAGGGGGGCAGUAAAUCCGCCUAUCUACGGCGGAGUCGGCGCGACGCAGCAACCGGCUACGCUUCAGCCCACGAACCAGGAAGCGCCGCCUCCUGCGUACGCCCGCACCCCCCAACAAACGGUCAAUGCAGCGCUCGGAAGCACCGUGUCACCUCCGUCAGAUCAACGGGCGGAAUCGGAAUGGAAAGCCAGGGCGGAAGAGGAAAUGAGAAAUACCCCGUAUUACCCAAGACGAAAUAAUUGGCCGCCAUUGCCAGACAAGUGCUGCUUCCAGCCAUGCUUCUAUCAAGAUAUCGAUGUGGAAAUUCAUACCGAUUUCCAAAAAACAGUGAGGCAAUUGUAUUACCUCUGGAUGUUUCACGGCUGUGUUCUGCUGUUGAAUGUAAUCGGAGGAUUCGUCUUGAUGCUUUGUGGCCAGGGUUUCUCGGCAUUCGGUCUGGCUAUCUUGUAUCUUAUACUCUUUACUCCAUUCUCCUUCAUGUGCUGGUUCAGACCAGCGUACAGGGCUUUCAAGAACGACAGCUCUUUCAAUUUUAUGGUUUUCUUCUUCGUCUUCUUCUUUCAACUAAUUGUCACUGGUAUCCAGGCCAUAGGUAUUCCUGGCGCUGGAACUUGUGGCAUAAUUACCGCAGUUAGUAUGUUUGACUCAACGGCCAAAGGCAUUUUCGUCGGUCUUCUUAUGCUUUUCGUCGCUAUUUGUUUUCUUCUUGCGGCAGGCGGUGAUCUCUUACUGCUUACUAAGAUCCAUCGCAUUUAUCGUACCUCCGAUGCAAGUGUUACGAAGGCGCAGCAGGAGUUUGCUACAACAUUUUUGCGAAACGAGCAUGUGCAAAACGCUGCGAGCAAUGUCGCGGCCAGCGCGGUUCGCUCGCAAAUGGCUAACGCUAGCCAACCACGUUACUAAAUAAUUCAAUCAUUUAUUUGUUCUACAAAAAACACUAUGUUCUGGCUUUACAUCAUUCAGUAAGUGGAUAGAUCUCAUUAGUUCCACUAUUUAUGGAUUAUACGAAACGAUCAUAGAAAUGCAAUGUAUUGUAAAAACUUUAUUCUUACAAUGAAACGCUGCUAUGUAUGGAAAUUGUACUUUACGAUCAAAUUUAUUCUCUGAUGUACUGAUUGUAUUAUUCACAAUAACUGUAUAUCAACGUUAACUGUACAGUUAAUACUGCAAAGUAUUUCGAAGCAUUAACGGAUAUUCUAAAGAGAUAUUUCGAAACCGGUGUGUAUUUUGUCUCUGAAUACGGGAGAGGUUCAUUUGGACACAGUACAAGUGGACGCUGUGCAAAUGGACACGGAAUAUUGUACACGGUUUAUUUAGACAGAAAUUUUGGACACAUAAAAGUUGCACACUGUAAAGUUGAACACGGUACAAAUGGACACCGUUUUUUUUUAAAGUUGCAGACCAUAAUGUUGGACACGGUGCAAGUGGACACUGUAAACUUGGACACGAGGUAGGUGGACACCGUUUAUUUGUCCACGGUAAAAAAGGAAUAUAUUCUCUGCUUUAAAAUACAUAUAUUCUAUAAUAAAUAAAUAUAUCCUUUGCUUUAAAAUACACGAUCUUGUAAAAUUACUAUUUUUUAAAUCAUGAACGGUAUCCACUUGAGCCGUGUCCAACUUUUUGGCGUGCAACUUUUACCGUGUGCAAAUGAGCGGUGUCCACUCGCGCCGUGUGUAACUUUUACGUGUGCAAAUGAACGGUGUCCACUCGCGCCGUGUCCAACAUUAUAGUCUGCAACUUUUCAAAAGAACUGUGUACAUUUGCAACGUGCAACUUUUAUGUGCAACUUUUAUGUGUUCAAAUGAACCGUGUGCAAUAUUCCGCGUCUAUUUGCACAGUGUCCAUUUCUACUGUGUCCAAGUGAAGGCCACUCUCUGAAUACACCAUUUCAGCAUUUUAUGUUGAAGGGAAAUUAUACAUAUAACAUUUUUAUAUAAGUUUGAUGUAUUAGUUUGUAUUACUGUUUAUCAUGCGUUUAUUUAUGAGAUCUUCAAAUUAGGUUACAAUGAUAUGAGUGAGCUAUUGAUAAUCGUAUCGACCAUAUCAUAAUUUUAUUAUUACAUAAUUGCUUAUAUUUGCUAGCUUUCACAUUUUAGUGGCACAGUCUCAUGACAAUGUGAUCAUACUAUAAGUUACGAAAGUAAUUAAAUUUCCAAGUUCAAGUAACUGCAAGAUUCGAAUUAUAAAACAAUUUGAUUCCUAUUUGUUGAAUGUUAACCAUAAAUGCUAAUUUACUUAUAAA